CAGCUCUUCCUCCCAAGCCGGCCAAGCCCAUGACUCCAGUGAGCAGCAGCAACGGUGUGAAGGAGGGGGCUGGGGGGUCGCUACAGGAAGCAGAGUGGUACUGGGGAGACAUAUCAAGGUAACACUCCGCACACCAGGCACAUGCACAAAUAGGGCUCAACCAGUGCCCGAGCAGCUGCCCUUUUGCCCUCCUAUGAAAGUGCCCUGACAGCUCGGGGGAUCAGCGUUUUUCACAAGCACAUUGAGUAGCCAGCCAAAUCGAAAAAGUAGUUAGCCAGGCUCCCCUGGGCUGGGGGGAUUGGUUAAUAUAUUUUUACCGAACUAGCUCUAUUUUGGUGGCCUCUGGUAUAUUCUAAUGCUAGAUUGUAUUUUGAACCAGCAACUAUCAGGAAAUAACCCUGAUCCAAUUGUUUCACACUUUUACAGUCGGUGUUAGUUUCAUCAGCUGUUGUACAAUGUGAUAUAAAACACAUGCAAAACAAAACUGGACUGCACUGGGCAUUUAAAGAAUCAUGUAAGAGUCUGCUGACUUCCACAGGCUUCAAACUUCAUUUUAAGAGGCACAGAAAGCAGCAGUUCACUACUCCAUUGUCAACACUGUGAUUAAAUCAGUAGACCUAUAUCAAUGUCUUUGAAAAUACCAUAUAAGUAUCAUUCGCUUUUAAAACAAUUCAAUCGGUUUUCCAGAGUGAGGCUGUCUCUCCACUAACAUACCUAUUGUUCCUGCAGUGAGGAGGAUUCACCAUCUUCAUCAAAUGCUUUCAUAAUUUAUCUGCAGUUAAUUGCCAAAAAGCCUUCCAGUAUGCAAAUUAGGGAGCCAAAUUAAGAGCUCUCUUACCGAUGCGAUUCGGUAAGCUACUGACGAGUCACUCACUGUAACGUCACUGUCUGGCUAGUCCUGAUGGACUUCAUAUCAAAAAUACAAACGAGAUCUUUAGUUUACUUGUCCCGAUGCGAUACCAUUGACGUAGAACUCCAUCGCUGCAUAUGAAACACGCCGGGGUCCAACGUGAACUUUUUUACUCACUGGCCCGGUUGGGCCAGUUGGACAAAAAUCUACUGGCCCGAACAGAAUUUCUACUGGCCCGGACAUGGUGUAGUUCUUAAAUGAUUUGGGGUCUUGCAGGGCCUAUAGGUUGGCAUGCUUUUUCUCUAUAUUCGGCUAUAUUUGGUUACUAUGAUAUGUAUUAAAAACCUGUGUAAUAUAAUUUAGCAAUGCAAGUCAUUACUCUAUUCUUUAGCAUUGCAUUGUAUUAAUUGCAUAAAUUUUUGUUUCUAAAGUAUGUCCUUUUGAGAAGAUUUGAAAAUCGGACGCUGUCCCUUUAAGACAAAAGAGACAUCGACAUGGCUAGCCAAGAUGAAUGCUAUGUCUUUUUGUAGCUUUCUUUUUUGCAGACUACGUAUCAACAGUAGCCAGCAUAUUGCUAGUAUGUUCACUAUUGAAGGUUUACUUUUGUAAAUCACUUUCCCUAAAAUAAAUCUUAUUUUCGCUCUGAACAGUUCGCAUGUGCUGUGUGAAGGCACCAACUCAUGUACUGCUCGGGUGCUCGAGAAGUUGUGACUCGCGGGAGCGUGGUAGUGCUUGAAUGAAUGGCCAAUCAUAAUGCUCAAAUACAAAUAGCAAAAAUGCUAUGGUUUUCAAUGGUAGACUGUGACAGAGCAGGUAAAUGUUGAACUGAAAUGCGCUGAAAAGUUACUGGCCCCACAUUUUUACUGGCCCUGGGCCAGCGGGCCGUCGUUAAUGUCGGACCCUGCACGCAAAAUAAAAUAAAUUAAUGUGCCAGAAAACACAUCGAUAACCACAUUAUAUGAGCAUUUUGACUGCAACCACAGCGCACACAACACACGCACACAACACACACAUCCAGGUACCAAGAGAUGGAACAGACAGCAGACUGUCAAACCAGCAGUGUUUACCUGUCAUCUCUCACUUUGUGACUGACAGGCGCCUGUUCCUCCUAUCAAUAGAUUGCUAGAAGAUGGAUAUCCUUCAAUCUAGCGGGAGAGGGCUCGGCAGACUUUUUUUGACUAGCGAAUUGAAAAGUAGUGUAGUUCAUUUAAGUGGACAAUGUAGGUGGCUGAAAAUUGGUCUGUAAUCGUCUGUAUAGCCGACAGCUGGCGCUAGUGAAAAACACUGGGGGAUUUUAUUUGAUGAUUUACUUUUUAUUUUAUUUUAAGUCUCUUUUCAAUGUUUUAAUUUUAAAUGUAAUGCACAUCAAACUAGCUAAUUUCAUACAUUUUAAUCUCUGAAAAUUCUCCAGCCCCAAGCACACACUUCUGCAUGCAGUGGCCACUGGGUACAGAUGCCGUGCAGAGAGUUUCAAUACUGGUAGGCUACGUUUCAGUUGGAUCUGUCAUGUGUGUCUCUCACUGUUAGGGGCAGAGAAGGGGGCAAUUAGACUAGGGAUGGGCACGGUUAUUCAAAUAUCAGAACGGACGUUCGUUUUCGAUUACUAGGAGAGUAUUCAUUUUUAGGCUCCAUGUGUAGCCAGUGAAGUGG